AUGCAUCGUCUUUUUACUGAGCUGGAGCCAUCUAUUACCGUCACCGAGCAAAACCUGGCAGACCGAGUUCGGUAUAUCUUACGUUCAAAUAUAUUUGAUGGCGCCGAACUCGAACGGCUACGACGUGAGGCUGUUCCCUCAUCAAAUGAAAUUGCUACGACUGAGGAUGCGGUGCCACAAGUUGCAGAACAACGCGCACACGUGGAUGCGCGUUGUUGCGCUAGAAAUAGAGCAAAUGAGGAGUACAUUGGAAGAGGCGAUUGUGGAAACGCGCAGUACGCCUCUCGAAAAUCGACCGCGACUUCCCCGCAUAGCCCUAAGCAAGCGGAAUCGGGCAGUCGUGAGGGCUCUGAAGCCAAUGUUGGUGACCUAUUUGGAAGCCAGCCGGGACCUUUGCGAGACGAACUCAAUUCUUUUUGGCGCCGCGCUGGCAGUCUGCCGUACUAUAGGCGCCAAGGUUUCUCUACUGGUCAAAGUAGCGCUAUCCCAGCAUGGAGAAGAAGAAUUGAGAAACGUAUCGCAAAGGCUAGAGCUCUAAUCGGCAGACUGAUAUGCUUCAGAUCAGGUAAUAACAGGCAAAGAAUUGUGCGCACCGUCAGGAUGGUGUUUGCUGGGACAAAUGUCAGUUUGUCCCAGCCGGAUAUACCGCAAAAACUGACGGAGCACAUAGAUGAUCUGAAGCAGAGAAUCGCUGCUUGA